CGGAAACUGCCAGCCACCGAUGCCUACAGCGGCCGCGUACGGCCUCAACAGCUUAAGGGAUCAGUCGCCAUAUUCUUCAGUACCUUGUAAGUUCUUCACCGAGACGGCCCAUCAACACACCGGGGGAUACGGAGGACUCCACGAAAGGAGGAAGCAACGUCGCAUCCGGACUACGUUCACAAGCUCCCAGUUAAAAGAGCUUGAAAAAGUUUUCGCCGAAACUCAUUACCCGGAUAUUUAUACAAGAGAAGAACUUGCGCUAAAAAUUGAUCUCACUGAAGCCAGAGUGCAGGUUUGGUUUCAAAAUCGUCGAGCAAAAUGGCGAAAAAUGGAGCGAGCAAAACAACAACCUCAACCCAUACAUUCUCCUGGGAGUUCCCCUUCUUCUCCCAACAAUAUCUCGUCCAUAAACAACUCGGAAAAUAUGAUAAGUUCCGCAAGUCCUAUGGAAGAUAUAGGUAAGAGCAAGAGAUGUAUAGUUUAAUGAAUUCAUGACGUUAUAACACAGGUAUUAUGUUCCAUACACCUCAUGCCAGCUUAUGAGUUACCACGUAUGUAAGUUUGUGAUUGGUUUUCUUAAUGGUUAUCUGAC